CGUGUUUUUGUCUUGUGAAACGGCAAAGGCACAUGCAUGCGCAACUCUGCUCUGAACAAAGACGAGCUGGAGUUGGCUGCUCAUUCCUGCCAAUAUUUUUGUUCCUUUUGAUGCUCCGUAGCCCCUGUGAUGCUAAACUUGCAUCACUAGCUUACUUUUCUGCUCUCCUUUGAUGUAAUGGCCAAGAAAUGAAUAAAGUGGUGCUGCAGCAGGUGACAACGCUUAGCUUUUACUCUUUGCCUGCAGAGUCACUGUUUUUACCUAGUACUCCGUCAAUGAAACGUACCUGUUCUACGCUGUUGGCUUGGAUUAAAAAUAUAACCAUUCGGUUAUGGUUGUAUUAUCUCAAAAAAUUGAACGUUUGCUUCUUUUUAUGAAAAAUAACUUCUGGUGGCCAUGUAAAAAAAAACACUAAUGGUGGCAUAUGAUGUCUUGUUUGCAGUCCCUGACUGCAUUUGUCUGCACCAAUUCCAUGUCGACGACAAGGACAUACAAGAUCUGCUUCUUGUUGGAUUUCCCAAGGAACUACUUUUUUAAUUUUAGGAUGUCACAACAGUUCCUUAAAUGUCAAGUGUAAAAAGGUUUUGUAGCGUGAAUUUGUUGUUGUAAAACAUGAUUAGAUGGAUAGAUCCAAAGCCUGCCUUUUGCCUUUUCUUUUUCCCUCUGUUUCCUUCUUGUCCUUCCUCAGUAUUCACUCAUUUUGGUCUGUUCUCCUACUGAAUCGAUUCCCUUCUUUGCUUUCCCACUUUAAGCAUCUUCUCUUUGCUUGAUCAGAGAGUCAUGGAACCUAUCAUAUUUGCCUGUGGAUGGGUUAAUACAUAUACUUCACCUCAUUUCAGCGCUGGUAACCUAGGCUCUGGCCACCAUGGCAGGGCUUGGUACUGGAGCACCAAUCGUGAAGGUGUAUCAUGAGAAAUCUAUAAUCUUACCAGAUGUGUCAAGGGUGCUUGCAUGCCUGUACGAGAAGGAAAUCGACUUUACGAGAGAGACAUUCUCCUCUUACAAGAGCCUACUCAGACUUCAGGCAUCGGGCCAUGUUCCAGUUCCAUUCUAUGAUGGACCUAAUAAAUUCCUAGAAGAAUCAAGAGAAAUCUGCCGCCAUAUAGCAGAGACUUAUGAAGAUCAUGGAUACCCAUUUCUCCUUGGGAAGGAUUCCCUUGAGAGGGCUUCCAUCGAGGAAUGGCUCCACCAUGAAGAACAUAAUUUCAAUCCUCCGAGCAGAUCCUUGUUCUGCCACUUGGCCUUUCCUGUUGCUGAAGAAGAUGAUGAUAUAGACUUGCAGACGAGAAAGCUAGAAGAUGUUCUGGAAGUUUAUGAGCAAAGGCUUGGUGACAGUGAAUUCCUUGCUGGCAACAAGUUCACUCUUGCUGACCUCGUACACCUGCCAAACUCCUACCACAUCACAAAUUCUGAGAAGUUUCUGUACCUGUAUGAUUCAAGGAAGAAUGUGCAGAGGUGGUGGCAUGAUAUUUCUAGCCGGGGUUCUUGGCAGAAGGUGCUGAAGGUUAUGCAUGAGGUGGAGCGGCAGAACAAACAGGAGGAACUUGACAAGCAGCAGCAGCGCAAACAGGAGGAACUUGAGAAGCAGCAACGGCGUCAGUGGCGGAGACAGCAUCCUCCAACCAGCAGAUCCCCGUUCCGUCUAGACUCCCGGGAGCAACCCAGCACAAAACCUCACACGAUAUUGGUUCGCCCCCCUGCUAGUAUCAUCGCUCCCAAGGCUCCUCAAGCAGAGGAGCCUCAUCCUACUGAAACUUCCCGUGAUGAAACACCAGUCUCCUCAAGCAUAAGUAUUCCUACCACUCAUAAAGCUCCAGAUAUCCGAAGCAAACACACUAUCAUUUCUACUACACAUGAAGAAAGACCACCAGCCUCCCUCCAAAGUACUCCUAGAAUUCCUGAAAAAUCUCCUAUUCCUGUCGAAAGAAGAAUCAAUUUUUUUACCCCAGCUACCUCUCCUAUCACUGAGAAACCCUCAAGAAACGGUGCUGAUAAGUCCAGAAUUAGAGAUGCCCCACUUCCUUCUGAAGCCACUGAAAUAGACCUCCCUACUAAAUCCAAGCCAAGUUCAUCCAAAAAAGCAUCUGAUAACCUUCACGAUUUCUAUGAGGCAAGCAGACAUACAGAUGAAGCAGAACCUUAUACUGGAUCCAUCUCACAAAAACCUUCAGAAAUGCUGGACGAGAUAUCUGAAACUGAUGGGCCCAGCAAUGCCAUUGAUCAUGCCGAAACCAGUCCAAGAUCAGCUAAAGAAGAUUCUGACCGACUCAGGACGUCAGGUUUCUGGACUGAGAACACAGCCCCCACUGCUGAUACUCAGGAUAAGAAAUCAGUUCGAUACACUGAGCGUACUUCACAAAGACCUGUUGGAAAUAUUUCUAGCAGAGCUACUGACCAGAGAGUUACAUAUACUUCUCCUGAGAAGCCCCAUUCAACUGAAGCUCAUCAGAAACUGCAGUCUGAGCAGUGGCAUGCUGCUGUAGCUGGGUUCCCUGCUGACCGCAGAAAAGAUGCUUCUCUUCCUAAGGGUGCACGAGAUGACACUCAAGCUAUUCCAUUAUAUGAUGAUGAUACCAACCAGGAAGCCAGAGAAACUGCAUCCGCACCAAGGCAAACAAGAGCUCAAGAUCCAUAUGAUACCUCUGAAGGAACAUCAUCCAGAUCACAACCUAUCAGUGCUCCACAUGAUGCUGUUCCUCCGCCCAAGCAAGCAACAUCUGAAGGCCCUUAUGCACGAAAGGAUGUUGUGGAAGCAAGAAGGUUCCAUGUUGACCGCAGAAAAGAUGCUCCUCUCCCGAAGCGUGUACGAGAUGACACUCAAGCUAAUCCAUUAUAUGAUGAUGAUGAUGAUACCAACCAGGAAGCCAGAGAAACUGCGUCUGCACCAAGGCGAGCAAGGGCUCAAGAUCCAUAUUACACCCCUGAAGGAACAUCAUCUAGAUCACAACCUGUCAAUGCUCCACAUGAUGCUGUUCCUCCGCCCAAGCGAGCAACAUCUGAAGGCCCUUAUGCACGAAAGGAUGUUGUAGAAGCAAGAAGGUUCCCUGCUGACCGCAGAAAAGAUGCUCCUCUCCCGAAGCGUGUACAAGAUGAUACUCAAGCUAUUCCAUUAUAUGAUGAUGAUGAUACCGGCCAGGAAGCCAGAGAAACUGCAUCUGCACCAAGGCGAACAAGGGCUCAAGAUCCAUAUGAUACCUCUGAAGGAAUAGGAACUUACCACUCUUCAUCAUCUAGACCACAUCCUGUCAAUGCUCCACAUGAUGCUGUUCCUCCACCCAAGCAAGCAGCAUCUGAAGGCUCUCGACGUGCAACCACACCAUACCUAGCUGCUCAAGAGGUCUUCCAGCAGGGUAAGAAAAGUCCUGCAUCAAGGCUAAUAGUGCCUCAUGAUGCCCAAGGCAGCACUGAAGAAGAGACUGUGGAAUCAUCAUCCAAAGCACAUCCAUUGGAUUCUCAUCUGGCUGAUGUUCGUCCACCUAACCAAUUUUUGGAUGAAGAUGGUUAUGGUGCAAUUACACCAUUGCAAACAGGAGAUACAGAUGAUCCAUAUAAUGAGAAGCGAGAUAGAGGCGUUGCUGCUCCAAAGCGGAUGAUGUCUCAAGAUGCCUUUGAAGAAACGAAGAUGACUGAUUCUGCAGCAUUUGAAGCACAAACAUCAGAUCAUUGGCAAGCUGAUGCUCCUCCACAAAAGCAACGGCCAACUGAAGAUCCUGAAACUACUGCUUCACCAUCCAAGAAAAGAUAUACUGAUGAUGAAGAUACGGCCAAACAAGCUAAGCAUGCUCAUCAGAAACUGCAGUCUGAGCAGUGGCAUGCUGCUACAACUGGUUUGAGUAAGCUAAAGGGAGAAGCUGAUGAUUUGAUGCCUCCUACUCAACAAGCAAAACCUAGCAAAGAUGUCCAACAUAUCUCACCACAAGAUGCAGAACAAGCAAACACUUGGCCUCUUGCACAAGAACCAGCAGGCAUGGAUGGACAACUGGUGCAAGGACCAGAAAGGACAGCUCGAACACCCCACACUGAUAAGAGAAGAGAUGUUUCUUCUAUGCUUUGGCGACAAGCUGCUGAUGUUCAAGGAAUUGCUGAGGACAGAGCAUCAUCUGAUCAGGGAGGUGCUGUAAGGCCCCCUUAUGCACCCAAGGAUACUGCGGAAGCAAGAAUUGUCCCUGCUGCUCUCAGAAAAGAUGCUUCUUUCCCAAAGCAUGCACAAGAUAAAACUCAAGCUGCCCCAUUAUAUGAUGAUGAUCAUGAUACCAACCAGGAAGCCAGAGAAACUGCAUCUGCACCAAGGCGAACAACCACACCACAGGAUGCUGUUCAUCCGCCCAAACAAGCAGUAUUUGAAGGCCCUCGACGUGCAACCACUCCAUACCCAGCUGCUCAAGAGAUAACGCAAGCUAGGAGAAGUCCUGCAUCAAGGUCGACAGUGCCUCAUGAUGCCCAAGGCAGCACUGAAGAGGAAACAUUGGAAGAAACAAAGUUCGUGGAAUCUGCAUCAUCCCGAGCUCAACCUGUGGAAGACACCUCUGAAGAAGCAGAGACUCGUAACUCUGCAUUGUUUAGAAGACCAUCUCCAGAUGCCUGGCCGGCUGCAGCUCCUCCAUCAAAGGAAGCAGCAGCUGAAGACGCUCUUAGAGUGAGUCAAUCAUCCCCAGCAAGAUAUCCAAGAGCUGAAGAAACCAGCAAACAACCUAGAGCCCCUGUUUCUAUACCAACACAUAUAGCAGCUCAAGAUGCUAGGGAUGUCUUUAGAGAGCCAAAGGUUGCUGAUUCCACACCAUUGCAAAAGAGAUACCCUGAUGCCAAAGAUGUGGCCAAGAAAUCAACAGUUACCUUUGAAGAAACAAAAAUUUCUGAUUCUGCACCACCACGAGGGCAACCUUUGGAUUCUCAGAGAGCUGAUGCUCCAUCAUGGAAGAAAGAAGCAGCUGAUGCUCCAUCACGAGGGCAACCUUUGUAUUCUCAGAGAGCUGACGCUCCAUCAUGGAAGAAAGAAGCAACUGAAGAUCCUCGUGCAACUUCAGCAUUUGACAAGACUCGUCCUUAUGUUGAAGAUAGCACUAGGCAAGCUGCAGACACUGAUUUUGGGCCAAGGCAGAUUGGAGAUGAACACACUGAAGAAAAAAAGGUUGCUGAUUCUGCACCAUCUGUCAGAGAAAGACAUACUUACACCCCACGAACUGCACGUCCUCUGUCACAGCUAGCAGAAGAGGAAGAAGAUGCCCAGGAUAAAUACAGAGAAGGUAGAGAAACUGCACGUCCUCUGUCACAGCAAGCAGAAGAGGAAGAAGAUGUCCAGGAUAAAGACAGAGAAGGUAUGGAAACUGUUUCUGCACCAAAGAAAAUGGUGUCCAGAGAUGCUCAUGACACAUAUGGAGAAAGAAGGACUCCCCACUCUACAUCCACCUCACCCACACCAUCCAAAGCACAACCUGCAGAUUCUCGGAGCCCUAUCAAGGUGGAGAGACCACGUUCUGUUUAUGAGGAGGACCAUCUCGUUGGCCAAGAUAGCCAUAAGCAACCUCAAACCCUCCCAACUGGUGGGAGAGCAGAUGGCUCUACACUAAAGCAUCAACAAGAUCCCGUGGUUCCAUCUAUUUCUGAAGAGAAAUCAAGUACUCCUCCAGCUCCACCCAGAGCAAGAGUUCGUGACGAUCAUCCUACUGAAGAUCCAUUUAAAGGAGACAUUGUUGGUGACCGAAAAGGAGCACCACCUCAAUUGGGCCAAGAACCAAUUUCCCAAGUCCAACGUGCCACAGAACUGUCACAGGAAGCAGCUCCUGAUGGUGAACUGUCCACCAUUGAUCAAUGGCGGCGCACAUCUGUGCCAUUACAAGGUGAUGAUGUGCUGGGUGGGUCUACCAUUGAUCAAAAGCCAACACCAAUGAGUGAGCAAUCAAUACCCAGUGCUCGGCGUGCCAAUGAGAUGGUCAAAAAAGAGCAAAGAAUGGUACCACCUGCACGAACAGGAGCACAAACGCCCGAUGUUCAGCGUGCUCCAUCAUCAUUCUCAAGAGCUGACACGGCUGAAAGAGAUAGAGAGCCGGUACAAAUGCAAGCACCUACUCAACAUGCUCGGCCUACUUCAGUGCCUACCAGAAGAGCAACUCCUGAUGCUCGUGACACUAGUGAUCAAGAGUUUGCAAACAAAUCUGAUGCCCAAAGAUGGAAUGCCUUGAAAGCUAAGCAUGAUUUAGCCAUGACCAGUGAAGAUGAUCGGAAUGCCAGUCCAUCAACUCAUGAUGCUGCUGUUGACAACAAGACAGCAUUGCCUGCCAGUGAAGCACAAGGUUCAGACACUUGGCCUGGUUCAACAGCAACCCCCGUAAACGCUCAACCUACCAGUGGUGAUGCACGUGUCGGAAGAUUUUCACGUGCUCAAGGGGCACAACCACCUGAAUCAACUCAAGCACAACCCCCUUUUGAUGCUCCACGUGACUCUGUAUCAACCCCAGAUGUACCUCGUGACACCUUGGACAAAACCAAAUCUGCCAAACCAACUUCAACUGAAGGCAUGACACCUACAGCUGCAGCGCCAACUUCGAAGGUCCAACUUGCUGAACAGAAAUUUGCUCCAUCAGAUAAAAAAUUAGCCCCUGCUGCGCCUGAAUCAAGUAAAGAAGAUACUAGUUUUUCUGCUCCUGAGAAACCACAAACAAUUUUUCGUCAAGAAGCGAGACCAUCUGCAGCAAUCACAAAACAAGUUCCAUCCUCAGAUGCCCACCAUGACAGGAAAAUCCAGCAUGUCACCCUUGCUAAAUUUCCCCCUGAUGAUUCACCAAUGCCAGAUCAAGAUUCAAUUCAGUCUGCACAACAAUCUUCCUCAUCUGAGACUAGCAAAGAAGAGACUAUCGUUGCUGCAGCUGGACCGACAUUGCCAACAACCGUCGGUAAAGACACACAAGUUUCUGGACGCCCUAUCAAGGCGGAGAGAACACCUUCUGUUUAUCAGGAGGACCAUCUGGUUGCCCAAGACAGCCAUGAGCAACCGCAAACCCUCCCAACUGUUGGCAAAGCAGAUGGCUCUACACCAAAGCGUCAACAAGAUCCUGAAGAGAAACCAAGUACUACUCCAGCUCCAUCCAGAGUAAGAGUUAGUGACGGUCAUCCUACUGAAGAGCCAUUUAAAGGGGACAUUGUUGAUGACCGAAAAAGAGCACCACCUCUAUUGGGCCAAGAACCAACUUCCCAAGUCCAACGUGCCACUGAACUGUCGCAGGAAGCAGCUCCUGAUGGAGAUAUGUCUAGCAAACCAUCCACCAUUGAUCAAUGGCGGCGCACAUCUGUGCCGAUACAAGGAACUCCCAAUUCUGGUGAUGAUGUGCUGGGUGGGUCUACCAUUGAUCAGAAGCCAACACCAAUGAGUCAACAAUCAAUACCUGGUGCUCGGGGUGCCAGUGAGGUGGUAGAAAAAGAGCAAAAAAUGGCACCAACUGCACGACCAGGAGCACGAACACCUGAUGCUCUCAGCGCUCCGUCAUCAUUCUCAGCAGCUAACACAGCUGAGAGAGAUGCAGAACCAGUACAAAUGCAAGCACCAACUCUGCAUGAUCAAGGGGCACAACCACCUGAAUCAACUCAAGCACAAUCACCUUUUGAUGCUCCACGUGACUCGGUAUCAACCCAAGAUGUACCUAGUGACGCCUUGGACAAAACCAAUGUUGCCAAACCAACUUCAACUGAAGGCAAGACAGCAGCUCCAACUUUUAAGGCCCAGCUUGCUGAAGAGAAAUUUGCUCCAUCAGAUAAAAAAUUAGGUCGUGCUGCACGACCAACUUCAACUGAAGGCAUGACACCUACAGCUGGACCAGCGCCAACUUCGAAGGCCCAACUUCCUGAGCAGAAAUUUGCUCCAUCAGAUAACAAACCUGAGAAACCACAAACAAUUUUUCGUCAAGAAGCGAGUCCAUCUGCGCCAAUCACAAAACAAGUUCCAUCCUCAGAUGCCCAUCAUGAUACUAGGAAAAUCCAGCAAGCCACCCUUGAUAAUGUUCCCACUGAUGAUUCAUCAAUACCACCUUUUCCAAGUCAUGAACAAGUUUCCCAUGCACCACAAGCAUUCCCUAGUAAAAAAGACAGGGCACCUGCACCAGGCACAAAGGACUCUCCAGCCUCAAAUACCCAAAUUGCUUCAGCAAAAGUCCAGGAAACUAUGCCUGACAAUUAUGGCAUUGAUGAGUUAACAGUGCCAUCUGUCUCAAGUGAAAAGCAAGGUUCCUAUGCUGGAUCUUCUACUGAACCACAUGAAGGAUCAUUUCCUGAUGCUUAUGGUGCCACAGAUGACAAGGACAUAACUAAAUAUCCAUCUAGGCAAGCACCAGUUUUAGAAUAUAGGCCUGAUUCAACACCAGCUGAUAGUUAUGUUCGUCCCAUCAGUGGUAGCGAAGUAUUUCCUGCUGUAAAGAAAUCUGCCCCAUCAGAUAAAGAUUCAAUUCAGUCUGCCCAACAACCUUCUCCAGCUGAGACUAGGAAAGAAGAGACUAUCUUUGCUGCAGCUGAACCGACAUUGCCAACAACCGUCAGUAAAGACACACAAGUUUCUCGGCGCCCUAUCAAGGCGGAGAGAACACCUUCUGCAUAUCAGGAGGACCACCUGGUUGCCCAAGACAGCCAUGAGCAACCUCAAACCCUCCCAACUGGUGGCAGAGCAGAUGAUUCUACACCAAAGCGUCAACAGGAUCCUAAAGAGAAAUCAAGUACUCCUCCAGCUCCACCCAGAGCAAGAGUUCGUGACGAUCAUCCUACUGAAGAGCCUUUUAAUGGAGACACUGUUGAUGAGCAAAAAGGAGCACCACCUCUAUUGGGCCAAGAACCAACUUCCCAAGUCCAACGUGCCACUGAACUUUCACAGGAGGAAGCAGCUCCCGAUGGAGAUAUGUCCAGCAAACCUUCCACCAUUGGUCAAUGGCAGCGCACAUCUGUGCCGUUACAAGCUAUAACUCCCAAUUCUGGUGAUGAUGUGCUGGGUAGGUCUACCAUUGAUCAAAAGCCAACACCAAUGAGUGAACAAUCAAUACCCAGUGCUCGGGGUGCCAGUGAGAUGGUAGAAAAAGAGCAAAGAAUGGCACCACCUGCACGACCAGGAGCACGAACACCCGAUGUUCUGAACGCUCCAUCAUCAUUCUCAGCAGCUGACAGAGCUGAGAGAGAUGGAGAACCAGUACAAAUGCAAGCACCAACUCUGCAUGAUCAAGGGGCACAACCACCUGAAUCAACUCAAGCACAAUCACCUUUUGAUGCUCCACGUGACUCGGUAUCAACCCAAGAUGUACCUAGUGAUGCCUUGGACAAAACCAAUGUUGCAAAACCAACUUCAACUGAAGGCAAGGCACCUACGCCAACUUCGAAGGCCCAGCUUGCUGAAGAGAAAUUUGCUCCAUCAGAUAAAAAAUUAGCUCGUGCCGCACGACCAACUUCAACUGAAAGCAUGCCACAUACAGCUGGACCAGCGCCAAGUUUGAAGGCUCAACUUUCUGAGCAGAAUUUUGCUCCAUCAGAUAAAAAACCUGAGAAACCACAGACAAUUUUUCGUCAAGAAGCGAGACCAUCUGCGCCAAUCACAAAACAAGUUCCAUCCUCAGAUGCCCAUCAUGAUACUAGGAAAAUCCAGCAAGUCACCCUUGAUAAUGUUCCCACCGAUGAUUCAUCAAUACCACCUUUUCCAAGUCAUGAACAAGUUUCCCAUGCACCACAAGCAUUCCCUAGUAAAAAAGACAGGGCACCUGCACCAGGCACAAAGGACUCCCCAGCCUCAAAUACCCAAAUUGCUUCAGCAAAAGUCCAGGAAACUAUGCCUGACAAUUAUCGCACUGAUGAGUUAACAGUGCCAUCUGUCUCAAGUGAAAGACAAGGUUCCUAUGCUGGAUCCUCUACUGAACCACAUGAAGGAUCAUCUCCUGAUGCUUAUGGUGCUGCAGAUGCCAAGGACAUAACUAAAUAUCCAUCUAGGCAAGCACCAGUUUUAGAAUAUAUGCCUGAUUCAACACCAGUUGAUAGUUAUGUUCGUCCCAUCAGUGGUAGUGAAGUAUUUCCUGCUGUAAAGAAAUCUGCCCCAUCAGAUCAAGAUUCAAUUCAGUCUGCAAAACAACCUUCCCCAGCUGAGACCAAGAAAGAAGAGACUAUCGUUGCUGCAGCUGAACCGACAUUGCCAACAAUUGUCGGUAAAGACACAGAAGGUAUGAGAGGCACUCCAACCUUUGAUUACGAGCCCACGGGAGAUAAACGUGCUGAUAUUCAGAGUGGUAGAUCUGAUGAAGUAGCCCUUCCAGAACAGAAAUCCGGACCCUCAGAUCGGGAUUCAGCUCGUUCUACACAAUCAAGAUCCUCUGCUGAGCCUAUGGAUGAAGAGCUUAAUUAUCCAAGUUCUGCAAAACCACUUUCCUCUGCCACACCUGACCAGACAAAGGACUCACAACCUACUAUUGGUCAACAAGCGCCUGCACCAGGAACAUCAGAAUAUCCAUCCUCAGGUACCCACAAUACUUCAGUGAAAUUUCAGGAAGUUGCUCCUGAUGAUCACCAUAUUGUUGAAUCAAUUCCAGGCGAAGGACAAGUUUACCGCACCGAACCUGAUUUUGAGCUACCUGAAGGCCCAGUCCCUUAUUCACGUAGUGUCAUAGGUGAAAAGACUAUGAGACCUCCAUCUAGCCAAGCACAAAGUUCAGACUCAAAACUUGAUCCCACCCAAAACCAUGGCGAUGAGCCUUCCACAAGAUCUUUACCCAAUCAAGUAGCAAAACAACAUGCAGAAACCCAACCACCACCGACUCUCGUGGUUCCAUAUGACUCUGAAUCCACCCAAGAUGUAACCUCUGACACCUUAGGCAAAGCCAAGUCACUAAAACCAUCCUCUAUUGAUCAACAAGCUACAGGCUCAGCAUCAACUCCUGACACUCAUCUUGGUAGUGCAUCAGGGGAAGUAGCUCGCCCAGCACAGAAAUUACCCUUGAAAGAACCACUUUCUGUUGUUGAAAGAAAUGAAAAAAUUACUGUUGCUGAAGCUGAAAGCAAAGUGUCUCGACCAGUCAUCGCUCAGCAAGACGUUAAGCAUGUACCAGGCAUUUCAGAACCAGCACUUGAUAAUGUUUCGACGGAAGAAGAAUAUCAACGUGCUUCUGAGCCACGUGAAGGACCACCUCCUGAUGUGCAUGGCACCCUCGUUGACAGAAAGACAGCUCCCUCUUCUAGUCAAGUACAAAGUCCAGAUGCAAAACGUGAUGUGCUACCAUUGAGUGUUGAUGUUGCCAAAAAAACAGUUCCACCUUCUAGUCAAGCACAAAUUCUACCAUCGAGUGUUGAUGUUGGUCCUAGCAGCGAUGAACAGUCAACUACAAGACUUAGACGCGAUCAAGAGGCACAGGCACAGCUACCUGCAGCAACUAAGAAACCACCACCUUUUGAGACUCCAGUCUACUCUAAAUCUAACCAAGAUGCCCCUAAGUCCUUCAAACUACCCUCUGGUGAUCAAGAUGUCAUGUCACCUAAAGUGGUGCCAGCAUCAGCAUCAGACACUCAAUUUGGUAAAGUAUCUGAUGAAAUAACUGAUGAUGGGCAAAACUCCCCUUUGUCAGCUCAAGAUAUAGCUCGUUCUGCACAAAGGCCUUCCUUUGUUGAGCCAACAGAAGAAGAUGGUAUUGUUGCUGCAUCCGAUCAAACUAACGAGGCACGGCCUAUAAGUGGUCAACGAGGAAUAACUCCUACUCCAGACAAACAAAGAAUUACUGAUCUGCGUGGUGCUGUUGAUGAAAAGAUGUCACUUCCAUCUAGCCAAGCACAAAAGUCAGACAUUAGGCCUGAUUCAGCACCAAUUGAUGACGAUGUUCAUCGUACUAGUGGCGAUGAACCUGCCACAAGCUCUGUACGUGAUUCACAAGCACGGCCUCCUGCAGGAAUUCAGAAUGUACCUGCUGGUUUCUUGGAAAAGACCAAGUCACCAAGACCACUCUCCACUGAUCAAGAACCUACGGCUAGUCCAGCACCAGCUCCAGAUGCUCCACAAGAUCAAGAUUCGAAUCAUUCUUCACAGUUUUCUCCCUCUGUUGUAUCAAGGAAAGAUGUUGCUAAUGCUGAUCAAACCAAUGUAUCACAAGCAGGCCUGCGAGAGCCCCCGAGUUCAGAUGCUAAACUUCCUUCAGAGGAAAUACAAGAAUCUAGCCCCGAUGCUUAUCUCACCAAGUCAGAGAAACCACUUCCUAUGAAAGAUCCAGUUCGGCCUCCACAUGAUGCUUCCUUUGAUUUAUCGAGCGGUGAGAAGCCCACUAUGAUCAAAGGUGAUCAGGCCAGCACAAUAUCAGAUGGCAGUCCCUCAGCCAGCGAAGAAGUUGGUCAACCUAAAAAUGGUGCAGUUAAAGGACCACUCGCUGCAGAGUUAGUAUCAUCAUUUCCUCAGAAGAACCUCGAAAAAACAUCACCUGAAGAAAAAUGGAACCACCAGCAGCAAACAGAUCAGUCCACCACUAGAUCAUCUGAAGAUAACAACAUCGAAGCCAGUGGAACUAGAAACCCUAACACCUCAACAACGUCUAGAGAUAUACAACCUUCACCACUCAAGGAAAGAAUGCAGGCAGUUGAAGGAUCCAGAAACCAACAACAGUCUGGCCAAGCUGUCUUUCAAUCAAUACAGGAUAACAGAACACAAAUUCAAGAAACUAAGGCCCGAGACACUGCAUUUGACAAGCCUGAAGUGAUUAGCCCUGAUUCAGCCCCAACCAGUGGUGAUGCUCAUCGUACAAGCGGUGAUGUGCCAACCACAAGUUCUUUACGUGAUUCACAGGCACAGCCUUCUGCAGGAACUGAGAAUGUACCUGCUGCUUACUCGGAAAAGGAGUCACCAAGACCACUCUCCACUGAUCAAGAAGUCAGGACACCUCUGACUAUGACUAACCCAACACCAGCUCCAGAUUCUCCACAAGAUCAAUAUUCAAAUCAUGCUUCACAGUUUACUCCCUCUGUUGUAUCAAGGAAAAAUGCUGCUAAUGCUGAUAAAACCAAUAUAUCAGAAGCAGGCCUGCGAGGCCCCGCGAGUUCAGAUGCUACACCUUCAGAGCAAAUACAAGAAUCUAGGCCUGAUGAUUAUCUCACCAAGUCAGAAAAAGAACUUCCCAUGAAAGGUACAGACCCAGUUCAGCCUCCAGAAGUAGCUGCCUUUGAUUUGCCGAGCAAUGGGAAACCUACCAUGAUCAAAGGUGACCAGGUGAAUACAAUAUCAAGUGUCAGUCUCUCGGCCAGCAAGCCAGUUGGUCAGUCUGAAAGUUCAGUUGAAAGACCACUCUCAGAUGAGUUAGUAUCACCAUUUCCUGAAAAACACCUUGAAAAAAGAUCACCUGAAGAAAAAUCGAACCAGCAGCAGCAAACUGACCAGUCCAGCACUAGAUUAACUAAAGAUGAUAGCACAGAAUCCAGUGGAAUCGCAAGCCCAAAUAUCUUGACAACAUCCGGAGAUAUACAACCAUCUCCACUCAAGCAAAACAAUCAGGCAGCUGAAAGAUCCAGAAAACAACAACAGGCUGACCCUGUGUUUCAAUCAACACAGGACAACAAAAGGCAAACUGAAGAAACUGAGGCACAAGACACUGGAUCUGACCAGCAUGAAGAAAUCAAUCCUGAUUCAGCACCAACCAGUGGUGAUGCUAAUCGUACAAGUGGUGAUGGGCCAGCCACAAGUUCUUUACGUAAUUCACAGGCACAGCCUCCUGCAGAAACUCAGAACGCACCUGCUGUUUUCUCGGAAAAGAUCAAGUCACCAAGACUACCCUCCACUGAUCAAGAACUUGUGACACCUUUGACUAGCCCAGCACCAACUCCAGAUACUCCGCAAGAUAAAGAUUCAAUUCGGUCUCCUCAGUUGCCUCCUCCUGUUGAAUCAAGGAGAGAUAUUGCUAACACCGAUCAAACUGAUGUAUCACCAGCAGGCUUGAGAGAGACCACAAGUUCAGAUGCUAUGCCUCCUUCAGAGAAAAUACAAGAAUCUAGCCCUGAUGCUUAUCUCUCUAAGUCAGAGAAACCAAUUCUUCCUUUGACAGGUACAGAUACAGUUCAGCCUCCAGUUGAAGGUUCCUUUGAUUUGUCAGGCGAUGGGAAGCCCACUAUGAUCAAAGGUGACCAGGCCAACACAAAAUCAAAUGUUAGUCUGUCACCCAGCCAAGCAGAUAGUCAAUCUGAAAAUAGUGCAGUUAAAGGAGCACCCUCUGAUGAUUCAGUAUCACCAUUUCCUCAAAAGAACCUCGAAAGGACAUCACCUGAAGAAAAACCGAAGCAGCAGCAGCAAUCCAGCACUAGAUCAUCUAGAGAUGACAGCAUAGAAGCCAGUGAAACCGCAAGCCCAAACAUCUUAACAACAUCUGGAGAUAUACAACCAUCACCUCUCAACCAACCGUCACCUAUGAAGGAAAACAUUCAGGCAGCUGAGGGAUUCAGAAACCAACAACAGGCUGACCAAGAUGUUUUUCAACCAAGACAGGACAACAGAAAGCAAAUUGAAGAACCUGAGCCACAAGACACUUCAACUGACUAUCCCGAAGACACAAAUGGAGCAUCUCAAAGGGCUGCUUCGGAACAACAACAGGGAGAAAAUGUUGGGAGGGUUCAGCGGCAGAGAAAUGACACAAACAAUAGCUAUGAACCAACUAAAGAUGCUCCAAGUAUCAUCCAGGCAGACAAUAAACCUGAGAGCAGCUCGAGAACUCCUGAAGAACCCAGGCAACAAGCACAGCCGGAAGGCAAAACUCGAGGUGGUGAAAUCAUGUCGCCAGCCUCUGAAACCGGGCAGCCUGAAGAAAGCGAUCUCCCACCAAGCAAGAAGGGUCGCACCAAUCAAUCUCAGUCAGAGACCUCCGCCAAACUGGAAGACCAAACCCCCUCUGCUACCCGGAACAGAGGCACAAACUCCAGCAAAUUGGACGGGGCAACUGAUGACACCAAAUCCGCCGACACGGACGAUAAUAAUCCAUCGUCAUGAAUCACAGCGGCAUGGCUCCUCAACCUACACGUUUUGCUGGAGUGCACCGCUGAAUAAAUAUCAAGGAGAAGUCUGUUUGGAAACUCACUCACCUUUCUGUCUUGUUUUCUUCUGUCUCUGUUUUGUUCAGAUAAUAAGGCCCGUCCUCUUGUCAUCCUCGAAUGGGGCCAUUGUCAUGUAGUAGUAUUUUUUUCUUCCUGCUCUUUCUGUUGAAAACUGGCAGCUUGUUUGCUCGUGAAAGUGACUGUAUUCUGUCUGAUUUUUGAAAUUAUGGGACUGCGACCGGCAGCGUUGUUCUUUGCAACCAACUUCUUCCACUGUAACCAAUCCCAGUUACCUACUCAAGAUGGUUCUCUGCAGUUGCUGGUUUUUAAGUAUAUAUGGAUGUUAAUGUAAGCAAUGAUCCUUGGUCAAACCCAGUUCUCCUCGUA